AGGGACAGAAAAAAUGCAACGUCCAAUGCUACGGCCGACGGCUAAUUCGGAAUCAACAAGCCUUUGGCUUCACUUCGCACCCGAUACCGCAUCUCCAAUACGCAAUAGUUGUGUGUACAAAAACAGAAACAAAGAAACACAGACAGACAGAGACGCUACGGAUACAGUCACAGACAGCUGCUAGAAAUAUCACAGACUCAAAAGUUUAGAUUUUUGUUCUUUAUUAUUUUUAAAUAAAUAAUUACUAUUAUAUAGAGAGAGAGGCAGGAAUUCAUGAAGAUGGUGAGGAUAAUUCCCAUGGCGUCCUCGAUACGACCUUCGCUCUCGUCGUUUAGAUUCUCCGGCGGUGUUGCUACUUCGAGUGUUGGCGUUUCCAUUUCUCCUCUUCUCCUUCCCCGACGCCUCCUUUUCUCUCAUCUCGGUAGCACUGCACUGCAGUCGCAAUUCUUUGGUUUCAAAGCUUCUAAGAUGUUGAAAGCCGAGGGAAGCAGGGUAGGGAUGCCUCUGGUCGGAAAUGUGGUCCAGGCAAGCAUGGCUGCUGCCCAAGAAACUGCCCUAGAGUGGGUUAAAAAGGACAAAAGAAGAAUGCUCCAUGUUGUUUAUCGAGUUGGGGAUUUAGACAGGACCAUCAAAUUCUAUACUGAGUGCCUGGGAAUGAAGCUGUUGAGGAAACGGGACAUACCAGAGGAGAGAUACACAAAUGCCUUUCUUGGAUAUGGGCCAGAAGAUUCUCAUUUUGUUAUUGAACUUACCUAUAAUUACGGAGUUGACAAAUAUGACAUUGGAACUGCAUUUGGUCAUUUUGGUAUUGCUGUUGAGGAUGUUGCCAAGACUGUGGAACUUAUAAAGGCCAAGGGUGGAAAAGUAACCAGAGAACCUGGUCCAGUCAAAGGUGGUACUACUGUAAUUGCAUUUGUUGAGGAUCCUGAUGGUUACAAGUUUGAACUGAUUGAAAGGGGGCCUACUCCUGAACCUUUGUGCCAAGUAAUGCUCCGAGUUGGUGAUCUUGAACGUUCCAUAAAUUUUUAUGAGAAGGCCUUUGGCAUGGAGCUUCUUCGUACACGAGAUAAUCCACAGUACAAGUAUACAAUAGCGAUGAUGGGCUAUGGGCCUGAAGAUAAAAAUGCUGCGCUUGAGUUGACGUACAACUAUGGGGUCACUGAUUAUGACAAAGGAAAUGGUUAUGCACAGAUUGCAAUCGGCACAGAUGAUGUUUACAAAACUGCAGAGGCAGUUAAACUUUUUGGUGGAAAAAUUACCCGGGAACCUGGACCUUUACCUGGUAUUAAUACCAAGAUCACUGCAUGCUUAGAUCCUGAUGGUUGGAAGACGGUUUUUGUUGAUAAUAUUGAUUUCCUCAAGGAAUUGGAGUGAGUUUUGGGCGUACUCUCAUAUUAUCCUUUUGACACUGAAAUCAAAAUCUGAGCUGAAAGUAUUUGUUGAAGAAAUUCCCUGUGACAACGCUGCCGAUCCAUUUGGUGGAUAAAUCUUUUGCAGUGACAACCGCAUAGCCAUUAUCGCCAAAGUGAAGAAAUCUUGAGAUGUCAGUUUCUGUUUAGUUAUCUGUCUCUUUUUAUUUCAAUGAAGUAUUAUCACAAAAACACAUAUGUUUGAUUCAGCUACCUGUUGGGAGAUGAGUGUAAGCAUACAAAAUGCUCGAUAGUAAACAUGUCUGUUUUGUUAUGUUGAUUUUCAAUUUUUUUGGUCUCUUGAAAAAUUUGUUAAAACAUUCACCCAAAAAAACGUGCAAGACGUUGAAAGAUUGCAUUAUUGCAUUAUAUCUGUUAGAUAUAUGUCAUAUUUCAGGUUUUUGCUCGAGGCCUGAACACCAUUAUGGCAAGUUGGACUGAGUGAAGCCAGUGGCUGUUCAUGCUCUUGAAAAUAUUAGAGUGAGGAAGAGAACCAAGUCCUUGAUUCUGGAUACUGUGAUUGAUGACUCAAUACAGUUUAAAGAAGAUAUCUGUGGUGAACAUUCUGAUGUGAAACUGAUGCCGAAUCAUGUCUUGGUCUCAAAGGAAGAAACUCAAACUAUAGGCAGGAAUUGUUGGAGCUGAAUGCAUGGAACCUGGGAUUGUGUUGCUGAAAGUGGUGAUUGUUUUGAAGGACUUGAGGAGGUGAAAUGGAUGUAAGCUAUUUCUGGAAUGCUAACCCCAUUAAAUGGUAAUUUUGUCUUCAAUGAUUCAAAAUCUCAAAUAAACAGAUUUAAGAUCCUCUCCCAAAUGAUUAUUAUUUCCAUUUUCU